AUGUCAAUUUCCUGAACAUACCAAUUGUUGACAACUUUAAUUUUAUAUUUUCAUUAGACAUUGUGAAGAAAUUAAAUCCUUUUACGUGUUUGAUUAAUAGAUAUAUAUAUAUUUUAAUUUAUUUAUAGUAAAAAAAUAUACUUAAAAAUGGCCAAUCAAGAAUCACAGGUCAUGAGUUUACCGUUGCCACCAACGCAGUACAUCAACCUGUUUUCCGAAGAAAACAUACGGCGGAAUCGUACUCCUCGCCCUCCUCCCCCAAUACAAGAUACCUAUAGUAUGUUUGGUAUACAGUAUAACAAUGAAGAAAUGAUUCGAUCUUUGGAGUCUCAAAAUAUAAAACGUCUCAUACCGAUACAUUUCGACCGUCGGAAAGAGUUGAAAAAACUCAAUCAUUCAUUAUUUGUAAAUUUCUUAGAUCUUAUUGAUCUUUUGAUUCAAUACCCUGACAGUCCUCGAAGAACAGAAAAGAUCGAUGACUUGAGCCUCCUGUUUGUACAUAUGCAUCAUCUGCUAAAUGAAUUUCGACCACAUCAGGCACGCGAAACGCUGCGUGUAAUGAUGGAAAUGCAAAAGCGUCAGCGUGUAGAGACUACAACAAGGUUCCAAAAGCAUUUGGAGCGAGUAAGAGAUAUUGUUAACACAGCAUUUGCGGCGUUGCCCGAGAUACGUAACGACGACUUUGAUAACGACGAGAAAGUUAAAAUGGAAAUUGAUGCACAAGACAGUAAUGCCAAUAAUCGAAGUGAUCAGUUGGAUCGAAUAAUGUGUAAACUUGUUGACGGGAUGGAUUAGCCAUUACAAUUAUUCUAUAUAAUUAAUUUCUUAAAUAAUAUUUUAUUAUAAAAACACAAAUGGCACGCGUAAUCGAAAUUAUGUUAGAUUUUAAGGGUAAUGGGACAAAGUUCUUCCAUAUUAUUUUUCGGAUGUAAGGUACAUUUUGUGUGUAUGUCAAUGAAUUAAAUAUUUAGACUUGAACAUUGUUUGGAUUAAAUAAUUACAGUUGUUAUGAAGGUAUUAAUGAGUCUGCUCUUAAAGCUCUCCUGAAGGCUUGCCGAUAAAACGAUUUGUGACAUUGACAAAAUAA